GUAUGUGACCAUAUUUUAAACUACAAAAGGACUUAUUCUAGAUUCCUCAACUCAAUGCUAUUACACCUCACAAACCAUGACCAAGAAACAAUGUCCUAUUCUAACCACCACUCAAAUUCUGAUACUGGCCGCCGCCGCCGCCGCCGCCGCCGCCAUAUCUCGGCCACUAGCACCACCUCCGGCGAGCGACGACCUCGUUUUCGCCGAUCAACGGCUGGCGAUAGUUUAUCCGGUAAUCCAACGGUUCAAGGCUCUCAUAACCUCCGAUCCCUUCAACGUCACCGCCUCAUGGAUCGGCUCGGACAUUUGCAACUACAAAGGAUUCUACUGCGAAAGCCCUCCCGACAACGGAUCAGCUCUCGCCCUCGCAUCCAUCGAUUUCAAUGGCUUCCGCCUCUCGGCCCCGACUCUAGAUGAAUUUCUUGAUCAACUCCCGGACAUCGCCCUAUUCCACGCCAAUUCCAACGAUUUCUCCGGGACAAUCUCCCCCGACAUAGCCAACUUGCCGUACCUCUACGAACUCGACAUCAGCAACAACAGGCUGUCGGGUCCAUUCCCGCCGGCGAUUCUCGCCAUGGACGGCCUAUCCUUCCUCGACCUACGCUUCAACGCCUUCUCCGGCUCCGUUCCUCCCGAGCUCUUCACCCGAGCCUCCCUCGACGCACUCUUCCUCAACAACAACCAUUUCACGGCGGCGCUGCCCGACUGCUCCGGCGCCAGCGCCGGCGACAAUCACAUAAUAUACCUCACACUAGCCAACAACAAAUUCUCCGGCGACAUCCCCGGCGCCGCCCUGUCGCGCAACCUGUCGGAACUUCUGCUCCUCAACAACAUGUUCAGCGGAUGUCUGCCUCACGACAUCGGAAAACUCGAAAGCGCGGUGGUCAUCGACGCCGGAAACAACCGGCUGACGGGGCACCUGCCGUACAGCCUGGGGUGCCUGCGGCGGCUGGAGAUUUUGAAUUUGGCGGGGAAUCUUCUGUACGGACGUGUCCCGGAGAGGGUUUGCCGGCUGGAGAAUCUUGCGAACCUGUCGCUGUCGGAUAAUUAUCUGACGGGAUUCGGACAGGCGUGCUGGCGGCUGAUCAAGAACGGCGUUCUGGAUUUGACGGGGAAUUGUGUUCCCGGAUUGCCGUUGCAGAGGCCGGUGGAUGAGUGCGUGGAGUUCUUCACGGAUUUUCCGUUACGGCGCCGUUGUUGGAAUAUUCCGGCGCACGCAUCAUUUCCAUGUUGGUUUCUGUAAUUAUUUCUGCUGUUGUUUGUUUACUGUUGAUUUUUAUAUGAAGAAAUUAAAGUGAUGUUUUUAUGUUAGAAAAAAGUUGCUGUCGGCAAUAAUAAAAGUGC